AGUCUACAUCGCAUUUUGCCACAAAAUACGUGCGCGCUCGAGUUCUAACGUCACAAAUUCACAGACCAGUCAAAAAUCGGUAGCUUUGACUCGAACAUUGUCCGAACAAGUGCUGUGACAGUGUUGAAAAGUGGUGGCGCAUGUGCAGCCACGCAAUCCAAUGUCAAGGACAUUCGCGUUGAAAUAACGGGCAGCCUAACUAUUAAAAGUACUCAAGUGUUUGAGUCGUGAGGAAAACAACAACGAAAAAACAUACACAUACAAUCAGAGAGCAUUUGCAUAACCGGUAAAUCAAAAAAUCCAAACUCGGCACAAUGUCAUAUUCGAGCAAACGGGCGCUCGCAUCGUUGGCAUUCUGUUUAUGGCUUGUUCUUUGCUUACAAAUAUCCACUGUGCGAUCGGCAUUGCAUUCGCGUGCGUUAGCAUCGGUUGAUAGUGCCAGUGAUACCAAUGCCAUCGGUGAAGGCGAAACAGAGACAGAGGAGGCCGAAUCAGUGACGUCUAGUGGGCAGAGUUAUAAAAGGCAACAGCCUGCCCGCCCGAAGUCAAAUGUCAGCGUGAAAAGGGAUUUUUCGGAAAAAAUGUCAUGGCAAUGUGCCAAUAAUGCCAGCUGUCUUCAUAAACUGGCGAGUGAUAUGCUGCAAGCUUACAAGCACGGCGAGACCAUUAGCUUGGGUUUCAUGGAUUUAGCAAAAUUGCCGCCGGUGGGCGAUAAGGACAAAGAAAAACUCGGUAGCGUCGGAACGGGUCGUGGCAUUUCGAGUUUUGUUGACUUUAUUAGCGGAAAUGCAAUACGUAUUCCGGUGGGGCCGAUGGUGUUCAGCGUGCAACGUGCAGAGGAUGAUGGGAAUUACAUUGAAGUUGCUUUGCUGAAGAAGGCGAGCGGCAGUCAAGGUCGAGGUGGCCUUCUUGGUGGUGGCCUAGGUGGCGGUGGCGGAGGAGGUGUUGAAGGAUUACUUAGUGGCCUAGGCUCUGGAAUGGGCGGUGGCAACGGUGGUGGCGGUCUUAUGGGAGGAGGAGGUAAUGGCGGUGGUGGUCAUCGUGGCCGGUUUCGAAAACAAAAGCAGGAAAAGGAUAAAAAGCAAUUCCAAAUGUACAUACCAAUGUAUUUGGCCGCAACCACCUUUGGCUGGACUAUGGUAGCGGCGAAAGCUGUCGGUUUGCUGACGCUCAAAGCACUAGCCGUUUCCAAAUUAGCAUUCAUAGUAGCUGCCAUGGUUAUUGUGAAAAAGCUGAUGGAUAAUGCAUCGGAAAAAAUGAUGUAUCAAUUCCCUGAGCACUCGCCCUAUAUGAUGCCAUACAAUAUGGAUUAUGGCAUGCAUCCCGAAAUGGCGUCGGGCGGGGAAAUGUACCCUGCCGCAUUGCAAUUAGCCGCUGCCCCCAUGCAGCACCACAGCGUUGGACAUUCGGGUAUCGAAAAUCUCGCUGCGGAGAGCAGUUUACAUCACAAUAUCGCCGAAAUGCAUAACGGUACGCAAGUGUUGGCGGCAUUGAAUGCCGUGCAUCUGGGACCAAAAGUGAAGCGCGAGGACUCCUGGUUGGGAAAGUCGGCAACAGCAAGCGUGGGUGUUAGGCGGCCACUAGUUUACAAUUAUGUACAACCGCAUCACCCGUAUUACCGCGCAUAAACUGAUCUGAUGACUGACCCAAGCCUACCAUUUUGUAUGAAAGCUGCAACUCGCCUUCGAUUUUGUAUUUAUUUAAGAGUAUAAUUACAAGUUAUAUUUGUAAUUUAUUAACCGAAUAAUUUUUAAAGCAAUUAUACAAAAAUGUAUUGAAAAUACGAAAAAAAAAGACACGUUAUGUAUAAAUAUAUAUACUCCUCAAAGGUUUAAACUAAAUGCUAAUUCAGAAGGCUCUAAUACACACAUGCGUUAAAUUUUGUCUAACUGUAAGUAUGUAGACCAAGUUAAGACUAAAUAAAUACUGCUGAGCAAUAAAUGCUACAAAAUAAAAAAAAAAUAAAAUAAAAAUAAAAUUACAUAUUAAUUAUAUGAAUAAAUUUAGCAUAACAUAAUAAAAUAAUUGAAUACCAUUUAGCAAUAAGUAGGCUAAAUGUACUGAUGAACAAAUAUUUAUAAACCGUUAAUUGCGUACGAAAAAAAUUAUUAAAUUAAAACAGAUUACGUUUUUGUGUUUAUUGUUAUGUAUGAAAAUAAUUUCUUAAUCUUGUUUUUAAAAUAUCUCAGAAAAAAUAAAAUAAAAUAAUGUUGAAAGCUUCAUCGUUUUAUUUAAUUUUAUAAUUUUAAUAAAUUAGUGUACAAUAAAUAAUAAAAUAAAUAUUAAAACUACAUAAAACAACAAUACAAUAAUAUACAAUAUUCCUCACAUAAAACCGUAGUUGAAAUAAAUAAUUUAAUAACAAGGUGCUAGUAAAAUUAAAUCGAACAAGUUUUAGUAGAAACAAUGCGAAUUGGUUAGAUGUACCGUUCCAUAUUAUUAUUUUUCAUUAAUUGCAUGAAAAUAAUAUAUUUUGUUGGCAAAAUAAAUAUUUAAUAGAUAUCUUUUAUUAAUAACACGAAUAAAAGUCUAUACUAAUCAUUUGUUUGUGUACGUAUUCUUACGAAAUAUAGCCGAGCGAACAGGCUCAGCUAAAGUUGUUGGCUUUGGAUUUUUACAUUUUAUUGCAGUUUUUCUGCAGCUGCUUUUCCAUUAUUUGUAUAAUUUUUUUUCUAUUUUUUUGUUGUUUGGCAGUGCC